UAUUAAAUGAAACUAUAACUUACCUAUUUGAACUUUAAAGUUCAAUCUCUCAUUAAUGAAUUGUAAAGGUACUAAAUUAAACUAUUAAUUUCUACCAUAGUUUAAUUUCAUUUUAAUGGGCCCUCAAAAUUUAUAGGCCCAUGUAUGGUGAACCGCUAGGAAAAAAAAAAAAAAAAUUUAGGGCAAAUAAUUUCAGCCUCCCCAAUCGCCUCCAUCUCUAUUCACGUUCUCAACUUUGAACUUGCCCUAGUCUCUCUCUCUCUCUGCAACUGCAAACUACAAAAUCUACAAAAAUCAGAAGUUCAAAACCCAUAUAUUUCAGUUUAUCUAUCUGUCUACAUGAAUCAAAAGUUGAAAACCUAUUACCUAUAUCAACACCCAUAUCGGCAUAUCAUUUCAGAUUGUUCAAAAAAUCAAAACCCAUAUCUUUCAGUUUCCAUCGCCCGCUGCUCCAGUUCGGAUUCGCCGUUCGGAUUCGCCGUUCGUCAGUUUCCGUUCGUCAGAAAUAAUAUCUCGUUCGGCAGAAAUUUCAAAUUUCAAAUUUCAAGUUCUGCUUCUAACGGCAGAAAAUUCAAAUUUCAAGUUCUGCUGCUAACGGUCAACUAAUCAAGGUCUGUAAUUCUUGUUUUGCAAACUAAAUCCUUUUUGGGUAAAUUUGGCAUCAACCCUAGCCUUCCCUUUCCAUUUUAUAUCUUUCACUUUCCAUCGCCCGCUGCUCCAGUCCGGGUUCGCCGUUCGUCAGAAAUAGUAUCUCGUUGGGCAGAAUUCUGCUCCUAACGGCAGAAAUUUCAAAUUUCAAGUUCUGCUUCUAACGGCAGAAAUUUUAAAUUUCAAGUUCUGCUUCUAACGGUCAACUAAUCAAGUUUCCAUCGCCCGCUGCUCCAGUUCGGGUUCGCCGUUCGUCAGAAAUAAUACAUCAACCCUAGCCUUCCCUUUCCUUCCAUUUCCUCCCAUUUUUGGGUGAUAUCUUUGUCAAUUAUAAUGGCCGAUUCUUGGGAUGACGACGACGAUCAGGUGUUUUAUCUUGAAACGAUGGAAUGGAAGCUGAAAAAACGUGUUGCUGAAAUUAACCCUAAAUUGAUGCCACCGUCGACUGAUUCGUUUGGCCUGGAAGUACGAGUUCACAGCCGUAAAUUCAAUCUUCUUCUUCUGGAAGAAAGUUUCACCGUGAGAAGCACAAAAUACCCAAUUUCCACGGCUGUUUUGUGGUCUGAUGACGUAGCACACUCUUGCUUCUCUCAAUUCCUCUCUAGUGUGGGAAUCUCCCUUAGUCGUGACAAAUUUUUUGAUAUUCUCUCCUGUUGUCGUGCCAUGACAGUAGACACAAGUUUUAGUACUACCAGCGCUCCAUUUCUUGUGUUGGACAUAAAUGUUCUGGUAAGGCCAGUAUCAGUGGAGGAAGAGGAAGAGGAAGAGGAAGACCAUGGGUUAGAAACUGUACCCGCUACUAAAUCUUCGGUUGAGGCAUUAGAAAAAGUGAGGAUGAUAGAGGGUUCCAAGGAUCAAUGUAUUAUAUGCUUGGAAAAGUUUGAAGUUGGGUCGGAAGUCACCUGCAUGCCAUGCUCUCACAUCUAUCACGAAGACUGCCUUGUUCAUUGGCUAGAGUUGAAUAAUUCUUGUCCGGUUUGUCGAUUCAAGAUGCCAACUGAUUGAUUUUUAUUUGUUUUUCAGCAUUGUAAAGAUAUUAUUUUUAUUUUUUGAAUGAAUGUAAUGACAUUGUUGAUUAUAUAUAUAAAAUGUUUUGUUUUGUCAA